AACACUAAUUUCGUUCUGUCCCUGAAAGUGAUAACUACGAAGAAUUUUGCAAAAAAUUGCUUAAGAACAUUAUAUUGGAAAGGUUCUUCUUUUAAAGCAACUCCACAGUCAUGGAUCCACCAAUGGGAGACUCUAACGUUUACCCAACGCAAACCUCUCCUCGCAGACGUUCACCCUAUGAUGGUAUCUGUGAUGUAAAAUGUCUCUUUGCUAACACUCUGCAUGCUGCAUGCUUUUCUGGUGUUCUUGAGAACUCUGAUAUGUAUAACCAGAGAAUGCCUGUCCAGAAAAGAAAUGUUUCAUCAGCUCAACAUCGAGGGGGCCAAUAUAGAGGAUACAGCAGUCCUACCCCCCUGUUUGAAGAUACAAGUGUAGACCAACAACAGGGAAUGCCAGGAAUGCCAGGGGGGAUGGGACAGUUUGCUGGAAAUGAGUUUCUGCAGGGUCCCAUGGCCAAUGUGGCAGUUGGUUAUGGAGCAGCAAUGGCUAAUCAAGGAAAGGAAUAUGUGGAAAAGCAUAUUGACCGAUUUGUUUCAGUAUCAAAAUUAAAGUAUUACUUUGCUGUGGAUACUACGUAUGUCGUCAAAAAACUGGGACUUCUUAUCUUCCCUUUCACACACAAAAAUUGGUCAGUGCAGUAUAACAAGUCAGAACCUGUUGCACCAAGAUAUGAAGUGAAUGCUCCUGAUCUCUACAUUCCCGUGAUGGCAUUUGUUACAUACAUUCUUGUUGCUGGGCUAGUUAUGGGAACUCAAAACAGAUUCACUCCUGAACAACUGGGAAUCACAGCCAGUUCUGCUCUUGUGUGGCUGUUUGUUGAAAUUAUGGCAAUCCUCUUUUCCAUGUACAUCUGUAACGUGCAGGCAGAGAUCAAGUGGCUUGAUCUUUUAGCAUUUUGUGGCUACAAAUAUUUUGGGAUGAUUGCGAGUUGCCUUGGUGGACUUGUUUUCCAUUCCUUUGGUUACUACCUUAUACUCUUAUGGAUGAGUAUCAGCAUUGGAUUUUUCAUGGUGCGCACCCUGAGGUUAAUCAUUGUACCGGAAUCUGCACCUGAUGGGAUUGCCAGAGCAAGCAAACGAAGAAUAUACCUCCUGUUAUUUAUUGCCGUGUUACAGCCUUUGUUCAUGUAUUUCUUGACAAGUCAUUUGAGACCAGUUGUUUCCGAGUCCCUAAAUGGCCCUAAAGCCAACUUGUGAAAAUGCUAUAUAGAUAUUUGUUUAAUAUCUAAAAUACUCUGUUCCUUCUGCUUCAUAUCCCAAAGAAAAUGUUCUUUGAAAUUCUAGUUAGAGUAGAAAAGAGGAUUCAGCUUCUGUGUAUAUUGGUUUUUGAGGAUCUUCAGAGCUCAAUGAGGAAUAAAACAAAAACACGGUCAAAUGAAAUCAAGCAGUCUUUGACAAAACCGAGAAUAUAACUGAUUACAGUUUAUUUGAGGGGUUUUUUACCAAUGCUGCUUUCUUUCACAUAUUUUGAACUGCAGAUUUACUUGACGCUCUCAGAAAUUAUCCAAAAUAUGUUGCGAGCGAGACAAUUGCUGACCACGUGACUUGUCUCGCGUCUGUAAUCGCUUAUUUAUGUCACCUCUCGCUAGUGCUUUCUUGCGCAUUUUUUGAUCAAUAAUUUUAUACCAAGUAGAUGUUUUGCCCCGGACAUGUCGUACGAAAUUGAGAAGUUGAACGAAUGCUUUCCUUUAAUGGGUCUAGAAUAGCGACAACUUUAAAAGAAAAAGCAGCUUUCUUACAUUAUGUUCGAAAGUUCUGCAUCGUUCGAGACAAUUUGGUGGCAGAUGCUAGGGAAAGCGAGCAAUGCGCAAAAUGUACGUCAAGUUAAAGGUAGAUCUCGAGGUCUCAUUAGGGCUCUAAUUACCCCUUAAAAGAUGAGAAGGUUUAUUGAAUAAAACAAUUCUUGAUA